AUGUACAGCCAUGACACGUCCACAGGUGGUGAUCUGUCCUUUUCUCAGGUUUUGGAAGCCCGUAGCUCGUUACAUCAGCAGCAAAAGCGUCGAAGCAGACCUUUAGUAUCUAGUAAAUGUCUUGGUAGAGCUCCAGGGCAUUCAAAUCAACGCUAUUCACUGCUGGAGACUCUACAAGAUAACAAGGAGAAAUAUCCUCGUCCCUAUGGUAAUGGAAUGCUGGACUCUGUCUAUGAAGGAAGUGAAGAUCUAUUUGAAGAAAAGAACGAGCGUGUAAAAUCAGUUGUCUCCAUGGACAUGAAUAGCAGUACAGAGUAUGAAGACUGGGCCAAUGGAGACGAUGGACAGUUGGGACAGGACGUGUACAGAUUUGUGCAGCCGAGAAGGCUGUCGUCAUGGGUCCAAGACGAUGCCGUAUUUGCGUGUUUCAAGUGUCACACAGUGUUCUCACUGCUGGUUCGCAAACAUCAUUGUCGUGCGUGUGGACGCAUCUUUUGCUCGGCUUGUUCGAGUCAACGUGUAGUAAUUCCUGGAGAUUACGAAGCAACGCCAGUGUCCCCGUCGUAUAAUUCGUUGACGACAAAUGCUAGCGACUUGAUUGGUAAUAUUAGCUGGUAUUUGACGUCGUAUUCAAGUCCGAAUGCGGCCGCGGGGGUGGAUAUGGGUGGCAGCACGACAGGUAGACACUCGCAGUCGUUUAUCAAUUCCGAUUCACUGAGAUUAACGCAUGAAGAGCAGCAGGAAAAAUUCUUAAAGAAUGUUCAAAGGCUGCAAGAAACUAACGUGAUCAGCAAGUUUACGCCAAAUGCGACAAAAUCAGGGAGUACAUCGUCACCAUUGACGAGUAGAGGGGUGUCGAAUGCUACAGUCUCGCACGGGUCGAUGCACGUGCCAGAUGGUAGUGUCAUGCAGCGCGUUUGUGACGAUUGCGCGUGUGCGCUGCAACAGCGAAGACACCACUAUAACACCGUUAAGGUGUUUGAGUUGUGCGAAUUUGACUUGCAGGAAUUACGGACAUUAGGCCAAGUGUGUCGGAAGUGGCACCGCGCGACUAUCAUGUGUUUAUCCAUGUUCCGCCAAAUACAGUACUAUUUACCAACGCAUCGCUUGUCUGAAAGAGAGAAGAAGAUGCUGAUUAUUAACCGUGCGUUUCUUGCUGGCCACACAAAGUGGUUGUUGCAGCUCGUGAAAGCGGUUGACUUCUCAGGCGAGAGUGAGACCGACACCAUUACUGACAUGACGGAGAGUGACAGUGAAAGUGUUGUUAGCGCACGACGAAGGCAUGAAAAAAACACGCAGUUGGUAGACGAUGUGAUGGGUUUGUUACAUCAGAAGCGUAAGCACAAAUGUAUGUUGACUAUGUGCUCGCGUCUAUGUAAGCCACAAAUUGGUAGUGUCGACGCGUUGGAAAUUUUGGCAGACGAAACCAUUCACAACCGUCGGCUGCGCGCAAUGGCUAUUGAUGCACUGUUGGAGACUGCAACAGAGAAUGAAUGGUGGAGUUAUUUGCAGGUGCUUCUUCACAGCCUCAGUGUGGAGUCAAAUGCUGCUGGCAGCAAGCUGGGGCAGUCGUUGAUCCGCCAAGCUCAGUGUGAUAUUCGCUUUUGCUACGAUUUAUAUUGGGGACUUACGGUCAUGGCAGAAGAUCCAAGUUGUCGUCGCAAGUUUGAUGGUAUGAAGCAGCGGCUACUUCUCACGCUGGCACUGUUCAAGGACAAGUCUUCGACUGGCCGUCUGCUGGAGUCACGGACGAUUGCCAGCGACGAUAUUGCGGAGCAAUUGCUUCGUGGUCAGGAAUUUGUGGACUUGAUGUGGAAAAUCCCGCCACGCAUCUCUGUUGAGGAUGCGCGUAGAAUUUUGCAAGUAUCGAUCAAGAAGUCAUCAUUGCGAACGUUGACAGACGACAAAAAGUCCAGCGUGUUCAGCCCAGCAGGAGCGGAUGAAGAGCAAGCGUGGCCUCUCCUGCGAUUGCCUGUCGAGCCUCAGGUUAAAGUUUGCGGAAUCGAUUGCACAAAACUUGAGAUAAAACGUAGCGCGGAGGCACCCAUGAUCAUUACGUGCACGGGCGUCAAUCGCGAUGAAGAGGAAUCUGAGUACAAUGCGGACGCAAAUACCGGAUCCCAGCGGAACACAUGGAGUCGCCGUACGCAGAAGCUGCCUCACUAUCGGCUUAUGUAUAAGCGGGACGAUCUUCGAAAAGACUCGAUUGUUCAGAACAUUAUCAACGUCAUGUAUUUAAUUUUAAAGCAGGAGACCCGACUGGAUAUUCCGCUCGUGACGUAUCGUGUGCUUCCGGCGAGCAGCUUUGACGGGCUAAUCGAGAUUGUGGAGAAUGCGCACACGCUGUAUUCCAUUAUUCGAGACCAUGGUACAAUCAUGAACUUCUUGCAUCAUUAUAAUGGACACCGCACCCUCAGCGAUAUCUCUUCCUCAUUUAGGGAGAGUCUUGCUGCGUACACUGUAAUCACAUUCUUACUAGGUGUUGGCGAUCGUCACGCCGACAAUGUCAUGCUUACAAAAGACGGCAUCUUAUUCCACAUUGACUACGGUUUUAUUCUGGGCAAGGACCCAAAGCCGCUUCAGCCCCCGAUGCGAUUGGACCACUUCAUGAUUGAAGCCCUUGGAGGCACGCAGACACCGCAAUUUGAGCAGUUCAAACAGCUGUGUAUCAUUGCGUUCAACUGUUUGAGACGGCACGUGAGUUUGUUUAUGAUCAUGCUCACGUUGGUGGUGAAGGCGCUUCCGGAGAUAACGGACUUUGGAGUAAAUUACACCCAAAGUGAUCUCGAAGCCUUUGUCAUUGAACGAUUUCUUCCAGGCCAGUCAGACGACGAGGCAGCUACAGCGCUGAUGUUGCGAAUGGAAGGCAAGCUGAACGAACGAAUUGGUUUGAAGCUCAGUGAUUUUGUUCACGCCCAUUCAAACGAAAAGACAAUGUCAAAAGGAAUGACAUCUGUCGGCUCGUCCGUCAAAAUCGGCGUCGAAGCUGUUGAAGCAACAGUUUCGACCGUCGCAAGCUCACUUACCAGUGGUGCUUCGUCUAUUUACAAGUACAUGUGGGGUGGACUCGAGCGGUAA